AUGCCGCCCACUGCAGGCGUAGCCGCGCACCCGCCACACGCAUAUCGCGCAUGGAUCCCUCCUCCCGCUGCAAUCACGCCCGUUACAGCCACCCAUGCGCAGCAUUUUCACCCCUCUCGCGCGUAUUUCGAACCUCACGUGGGUCAAUUGGGGGAACAAAUUGCGGAAGAGCGCGCGCUUGCGGAGGACCGCGCGCGCGCCGCGUCGAAAGUAGGCCAAUGGGUCGAUGCACAUUUCUCCGUUCCACCCGCCGCACCUGACGGCGCAAUAUCCGGGCAUGGAACAGAGGGUUACCCGUUCCCGUGCGAGCCAGAAGCAGCGGAAGAAGGGGGAGAAAUGGACGGUGAAGAUGGGAGCGUAAACGGACGGCGGAGAUCGUCUUUGGAGGACGAGGCGCUAGAGCGGAAGCUGGCAGCCGUUGAGAUGGAGAACUGCGAGAUGACGGGGCGAGUGGCGGGUCUAGAAGCGAUGCUUCGAGAGCGGGAAAGGGAGACGGCGGACAUGCGACGGCAGAUAUUCGCGUACACGCAGACCCGCCGACUCUCGAAUCGGGCGUUGCUAAUUCUUGCCCAACCUCUCCGCUCUUCCCCUCCUCUUUCUUUCUCCCCCUUUCCCCCCCCAUUUCCCCCUAUCCACUGCUCCCUCCCCUACAUGCGCGCACACUCGCAGGCGCUCGAAGCGGGUCGCGGCGACUCGCUGACGCGCGCAGAGCUGAUCAACCACGUGGUGCAGCUGACCAAUCAGGUGCAAGAGCUCGCGCAGGAGCGCGAUGCGCUGCGCAACGCGCCUAACGGCAUCGCGCUCACUAACGGCCUUCGCGCGCCCGGCGCGCUUACCAGCGGACGCGCCAGCGUGCUUCCUGGCGCUCUUCAUACCGUUACCGCUACUGCUCCUCGUGCUGCUCCUGUUGCGGCUCCUCCCGUUCCUUCCUCUCCUUCCGCUCCUACCGCUCCUACCGCUACUGCUACUGCUGGCACUGGUUCUGGCGCCGCACGUGCCCUUCCCGUUACUGCCACUGCUGCUCGUGCUACCCCUGUUGCGGCUAUUCCUGCUCCUCCCGCUCCUUCCGCUCCUUUAGCUGCUCCUGCUCCUCCUCACUCUUCCGCCGUUACUGAAAUCGCGGUUCCGCAUGUGGCGGCAGCCAAUCAUCUACAACCGCCCGCGUCUCGUGCCGCGUACCUCCCGCCGCCUUCCACUCUCGACGUAAUUCAGAACCCGCUCGUACCGCCAGCCGCUUUCCACCCGGCGGUAAGCUCCUGCUACCGCGCGCCGCCGAAUUUGGAGUCGACUCAAAAGCCGCCUCCCGCGCUCGACGUCUCUAAGGACGUAAUUAAGAACCCGGGGGCAAGCUCCUGCUACCGCGCGCCGCCGGCCCCAUUAUUAGAUGUCUCCAAAGAUGCGAUAUCCGCGCCGCCUCCGCAUGAGAUCCUGACCGUCGAUCACGAGGAGAGCGCACCUGCGGAUGCGCGCGCCCAAGCGCAGCAGCGGGUUGAUUCCCCCCCGAUUUCCGCCUCCGCUUCCGCCUCCGCUUCCGCCACUGCCUCCGCUUCCGCCGCCGCCUCCGCCUCAGCCGCGCACAUUUCUCGUGAUGUCGCUCCGCCCGUCCAGCGAUCGCAGUCGCUCCACGCGUCUUCCCAGCCCGUCAAUAGCGCGAUUAACGGGUUAGCUCUUAGCGGGGAGACUCGCUCCAGUUCCUUCUCGCAGCAGCCCUCAUCGCGACCGUACAUUCUCACCAGCUCAUCGCAACCGUCUGUUCGGCCAGAACCGAGGGUUCCAAACUUGUACAAAGCCGCGUUUGCCGCGCCGAUCUUUUCGCCGCAACCGGCGCCGCAACCGGCGCCGUUCGGCGCGGUGCAAGUGGUGGGACCGCAGGUCAGCCGCGUCGGGUCCAUGCCGCCUCCUGUUGUCCAAUCCGCUUCGAUAAUUUCCGCUCGCGCCGCCAGUACUGGCGGCGGGUCUCUUGUGCGCGCGGGAUCUGUUGCGGGGAGCGUGAGCGGAGUAGAGGGCGCGCGGGGCAGGGGAGCGGCCGGAGGAGGGUUGGGCGGAGGAAGGGCGGGCGGAAUGGGCGGGAAUGGUGGGGGAGUGGGGCCGAUGAAAGCGAUGCCUGCUAAUCCGUUUGAAAGGCCGAACGUGUCUCACUACAGUCCGGCCCUCGUAUCCUACAACCCACCACCACCAUCAGUGGCAGCAGCACCAUCAGCCCUCGUAUCCUACAUCCCACCACCACCAUCAGUGGCAGCAGCAACAGCAGCAGCAGCAGCAGCAGCAAAAGUACCACCAUCAGCAGAGGACUUUCCCCCCAGCCGCCUAGCCCUGGCCCUUGCCCCCUCCGCCCCUCACCCCAUCCAGCUCGUUCCGCCCAUGCCUGGUGCCAUGCCCGCUGCCCCCCUGCCAUUUAGAAGGCCAGGGGGGGGGGGGAGGGGGAAUGGGCGCAGGGGGAAUUGGAGGAGGGGGAAUGGGGGGAGGAGGAAUGGGGGGAGGGGGAGUGGGAGCGUGGGGAGUGGCUGUAGCAGGGGGACAGGGAAGGGGAAUUCCCAUGGUUGCUGUUUACCCAGAUGCUGCUCCUACUGGUCUUAUGGCUGUCAGAUCAGCCAUUCAGGGGCUGACACGUGGCACUGUAACGGUCAGCAGCAGCAGCAGUGGAAGCGGUUUUAG